AGUUGUUGGUAGUGACUGUGCCACGUCUGCUAGGAGGUUGGGAGUCAUGAAGUUGCCAGAGGCUGUUGUCCUUAAGUCUUCAACUACAUUCUUAACUCUAUGAGGUCCGGAGCUCUUUCUCUGUUUUUGUAGGAACUUCAUCCCUGCUCUGGCAACAUGAGGUUUUUCUUUUGGAACGCUAUCCUGACGCUGUUAGUCACUUCUUUGAGUGGGGCUCUGAUUCCUGAACCAGAAGUGAAGAUUGAAGUCCUCCAGAAGCCGUUCAUCUGCCAUCGCAAGACCAAAGGAGGGGACUUGAUGUUGGUCCAUUAUGAAGGCUACUUAGAAAAGGACGGCACCUUAUUUCACUCCACUCACAAACAUAACAAUGGUCAGCCUAUUUGGUUUACCCUGGGCAUCCUGGAGGCUCUCAAAGGUUGGGACCAGGGCUUGAAGGGAAUGUGUGUAGGAGAGAAGAGAAAGCUUAUCAUUCCUCCUGCCCUGGGAUAUGGAAAAGAAGGAAAAGGCAAAAUUCCCCCAGAGAGUACGCUGAUAUUCAACAUUGAUCUCUUGGAGAUUCGAAAUGGACCGAGAUCCCAUGAAUCAUUCCAAGAAAUGGAUCUUAAUGAUGACUGGAAACUCUCUAAAGAUGAGGUUAAAGUGUAUUUAAAGAAGGAGUUUGAAAAGCAUGGUGCGGUGGUAAAUGAAAGUCAUCAUGAUGUUUUGGUGGAGGAUAUUUUUGAUAAAGAAGAUGAAGACAAGGAUGGAUUUAUAUCUGCCAGAGAAUUUACAUAUAAACAUGAUGAGUUAUAGAGACAUGUCUGCCCAUUUUAUAUAGCAUCCAUCCUUAAAGGAGAGGACAACCAUUUUUAAAGAAGGUCUUAUUUGUUAACAAUGUUCUGUUCAGGCUUUGUUUUUUAUUUUUAUAUAUUUUUCCAAAUAUUAUUUGAAGAACUCCUUAGGGUUUCUCAGUACCCAUUUCUUUCUGGUGAGUUAUUGGGAAGAAAAAAAAUGACUUGUCUUUGAAUAUAAGACUUCUGGACCAUUUUCCACUUUCACAUAUGAAGCCUUAUGUUUUACUUGCUUACUUGUAAUUUUAAAAUACUGCAACUGGGAGCAUGCCCAACGUAAGACUAGAUUAUAGCACAAAUCAGCCCCCUCUACUUCUUCUUCCCUCUGGUUUCUCUGAGUUAGAUACUGAUAUUUGAAAAGCCUUUUGCAAUAGCCCAAGGCUUACUAUUUUCAUGUUAUAAUGAAACAGCGUUGUCUGUAACUGCCUUUGAGUCUCUGCUUGAGGAAGAGAGGAAAAUGGUUGUUGAACUCGUUAAGAAUUACUGCCUUACUGAGAUGGACAAUGCUGAAGUGAGUAACAAAGGUAAUAAUUUAUAAAUAUGUAUACAUUGCAGUAUUCUGCCUAGGAUUUAAUCUACAUAAGGUUGGGUUCCUAGGUACUAAUGACCUAUCAUGAUUAUUAGGACAGAUUAUUUAUGUGUGUAUGUCUUCAUGAUAAUAUGUGUCAAAAUAUUGUAGAGGAGUUAGAGAGUUGUGUGGAGUCGGUGUUUACUUUUUAAGGCUGGCAGAUUACCCUUCCUGGUUCUUUAAUUAAUAAAGUUUAUAACUAGUAUAUUAUUACUACAAUAACAUUGUUUUAUAAGAGAAAUUUAGUAAGCCAGUCAAAAUUUUCCCAUUUCUGCCUCAUAAAAAAAAUGAGGCAGACCCACAGCAGCUACUGUUGAAUAGAGGUCUAUCCUGGGUCAAAGAGUUGAUGAUUUUGUAAUUUUAUUUUAAAUUGGAAUUUUUCCUUAUUACUUUUACAAUGUGCCCAAAUCUCUGUUUGCUAAGAAUAGUCCUUUAUAAGCUUACAAAGUGAUCUCAAGUGCCUCAUUGUUGGAUUCUCAAUGCUCUGAAGCCUAUGAAAAAGGAGAGUAGAUCUUAAUGUACCUAUUUAAAAGUUGAGGAAAUUGUCAUUCAAAGAGAUUGAUGGUUGUGGGUUGUGCCCAAGGUCAACAGUGAACCUGUAGAACCAUAUUUCAGUCCCCAAGUUCAGUAUCUUUCUACUGCCUUUUACCAUUGAAAAAGUGAAAUUUUUCUUUGAAUUCAUUGGACCUAAUUCUCUCUUCAAUUUGCUCUCCUAGCAGUCAACUCUUUUGUCUCUGGGUCCUUAUCCUUUGAGAUGGUUUACUGGCUGUUUCUGGUGUUUCUGAAUUCUCCCCAUGAUCCAGAAAUGGCUCUGGUUUCAUUGAGUAAUCUUGGGCUGAGCGCUGAAUUGCCUCAAAAACCCUGUGGUAAGAGAGCCCAGGGGUGUGUCUUAGUCCUUUCAUACCUGUUUACCUCUAGGUGUUUUGUUUUUUUUUAAGACUUAUGAAAAAUUAUUACAUCCUAUACAGACUACUUUCACCAAUUAUAUAUUGACAUUUUUGUCAUUAAAACAAACUUCUUGAGAAGAACAUAAAUGACACCUUUUUCUGAUGACAUCAGCUAUAUCUAGAAAACUUUUUAAGUUGUCACUGCUGUUUUCCUCAACCUGGAAGAGUUACAAACCACAAUACAGAAAGUUGUACUCUGUGCUAGGAGGGGAAAGCUUGUCAUAUGGUGAUACUUCAUAUAAACAUUACUCUUGCUAUCUAUGGUAGAGCAGAAAAAGUGAAAAGAAAUUUGGUUAUUCGGGUAGCAUAUUUCUUUAUCUUGUGUGAAUUGGCAUCAGUUCCCAUCUAAAUAUUUAGACACAGUAUGAAAAUGACAACAUAUAAAUAGGUUAUAGUUGUUUUUAAGUUAUCUGCCUUUUGAGUUUAGCUGUAUCUUUGCACCUUUUCAUUCAGAGGAAUAAUCAGACAUAAACUGUGACUUCACUUGUAUAUAAUUUUCUAAAAUGUGUCAUAUUUAAAUUGAUACAACUGUGUUGUGGUAUUCUUUUCAAAAUAAAGUUUAUUUGGGAAAUAA